GAGAAGGCGGCCCACACAGGGUCAAAAGUGCUUUUGAGGAAGGUCUCGAGAGAAGAAACCUAGACGAAGUAGAGAGCGGAGCUCCCGGACACCAUUUGCCAGGGGCCGGGAGGCCGGGCUGGCACCGAGGAGGAGCCCUGCGUCCUGCCGCGCCUGCCUCUGGGGCUGGCGUAGACUAGAGGCGCCUGGCGCACCAGGAAGUGACUCUUCCCCCCCCUCGUUUCUUCUCUAGUGGCAGCAAAGCCAGGCCAUUUGCUGGCUUUUUCUUUUGCCGCCUCAGGUUUGUAGAAGGAUUUAUUGGUUAUGAAGGUGUUAAGAGAAGAGUCAUUUUGUGGUCCCAAUGCACAGCCCGAGACAGUUUCUCUCCAGGGUGGGUCUUGUCUCCAAAUCAGGAUUGCUUCCCUGGUGUGCCAGAAAACCACCAGGUUGGUCACAGCCCUUUUUGAGCACAGCAAGUGGGGGAAAUUUCACCCACUUGGCAGCCAAGAAGUAUCAGAGAGGACAAGAAAGUCAGAAGAAACCAAGCCAAGAUCUUGGACCGCUAGAUGCUUCCUGGCAAGAAAGACUGGCUGAUGCUGUGACGCCACUCUGGAGGCUGAGCUAUGAAGAACAGCUCAAGGUGAAAUUUGAAGCUCAGAGGAAAAUUUUACAAAGACUAGAGUCUUACCUCCAAAUGCUCAAUGGAGUCAACAUGACAACAGCCACACCCAAAUCUGAGGGACUCUCUUGCAUUCUCCUUCCUAUUAUACCUUCUCCUGUCAUCAGUGGUUAUCGAAAUAAGUCCACCUUCUCUGUGAACCGAGGCCCAGAUGGCAAUUCAAAGACCGUGGGAUACUACGUGGGGACUUGGAGAGACAGGAACAUCGUCUGUGUACACUCUCACCGUCUGAAAAAUAUCCCUGAGAAACACAAUCAAGUGGCGCAGUACUAUGAAAUAUUCCUUCGACAGUCCCGAGCGGAGCCCUGCCUUCUAUUUCAUGAAGGUGGGUACUGGCGUGAGCUCACAGUCCGCACCAAUAGCCAAGGGCACACGAUGGCCAUCAUCACUUUCCAUCCCCAGGAAUUAAGUCAGGAGGAGCUCUGUGUCCAGAAGGAGACUGUAAAGGAGUUUUUCACCAAAGGGCCAGGAGCAGUCUGUGACUUGACAUCACUUUACUUCCAGGAAAGCACCAUGACCCAUUGCAGCCAUCAGCAAUCCCCCUACCAGCUCCUAUUUGGGGAACCCCACAUCUUUGAAGAUCUCCUGGACUUGAAGAUCCGCAUCUCUCCAGAUGCCUUUUUCCAGGUUAACACUGCUGGUGCAGAGAUGCUGUAUCGGACCGUGGGGGAGCUGAGUGGAGUGAACUCCAACACCAUCCUCCUUGACAUCUGCUGUGGAACUGGUGUGAUCGGCCUCUCUUUGGCUCGGCAUACCUCCAAGGUUCUCGGGAUUGAGUUGCUGGAGCAGGCAGUAGAGGAUGCCAGGUGGACUGCAGCCUUCAAUGGCAUCACCAACUGUGAAUUCUAUGCUGGCCGAGCAGAGAAGAUUUUGCCACAGUUACUGAAGUCAAAGAAUGAUGGGCAGUUAAUUGUUGCUGUGGUGAACCCAGCCCGGGCUGGACUUCAUUACCAGGUGGUUAGAGCCAUUCGAAACUGCAGGGCCAUCCGCAGACUAGUAUUUGUUUCCUGCAAGCCCCAUGGUGAAGCUACAAGGAACUUCAUUGACCUAUGCUGUCCUCCCAACUCUGCUAAGAAGCUCCUAGGGGAGCCUUUUGUCCUGAGACAAGCUGUACCUGUGGAUUUGUUUCCUCACACUGCACACUGUGAACUGGUGCUCCUCUUCACUCGAUAAGCAGCCUCCUAGAAGACCGCAGGCUAUUUGUUAAGGCCGAAGUUUCAGUAACUUCCAGGUUUGGCAUAUUGCUACAUUGCAGAUCCCGGGGCCAUUACUGAGGAAGAUACUCUUUGGAUCAUGGGCAGGAAGAAUAUAGGAGCCUCCUGUCUGAGGCAGAUUUACUCUUAGUUUUAAGGUUUCCUUGCUGUCAUGCAUGUUUGCCUGGUUUUGAUCACUCCUCACUCCUUGGCCUUGGAUCUGGACUGUUCUUUCCUUUUGCUGUCAGCCUGUCAUGGCUCCCUUGGUCCUAGCUUAUAGUCUUGACUCCUCUGUCUGACUCUGCCUAUGGUAUGGUGACAGCUGAGCUUUUCUCAGCAGCUGGUAAUAAUUUCACAUCAACUUAGGUCUCUGCAUUUGCUCUGAGAUUUUGCUAGAUAUGUUUUUGAGACUUCUGAGUUCAUGAGGUAGUCAAGGAUUAGAACUAGAAAGAAGUCUAGCUUAAAAAAAAUAACAAGCAGGGUUUUUUUUUAUUGAUUCUUUCAACAAAUACAUAUAUAUAUAUUUAUUUUGUCGUCGUUGAGAAUAUACACAGCAAAACA